AAGUAUAUACGAAACAAAUAUGAACUAAUUCCUUUAUGAUGUCAUUGUGGUAUCUAGAUAUGAAGUACUUCCUUCCUGUGGGUACAAAACCUUAAUUCUUUCAGUUUUAGAAAUAAUGUUCCCUGGUCUUUCAUUUUAUUAACAUCAGUUAUUCAGAAUGUUAUAUUUAACUUUAUCAACUAAGAUUAAUAUAUGGUUUUAUAGUUUUACAUUUAUAAUUUUACAGUAUAGUAUACUAGCAUAUAAUUUAGACAUUGAUAAUGCCAGAAUAUUUAAUAUUCCCAAAAAUUUUAGUUAUCAACGGGGAAGUUAUUUUGGAUUUUCCGUUGCCCUUUAUACAGAUGGCCUAGAUUCUGUACUACUUGUAGGUGCUCCCAGAGCAAAUACAAGCAUAAUACAAAAUGUAAUUGAGCCAGGUACUAUAUUUCAAUGUCCAAUUAAUGAAACAUGUAAGGAAUGGAUUAUUGAUAGAAGUGGAAAUGAUAAAGAGAAGCAAUAUUCAACAAUUAAUCAAAUUAAGGAUAAUGCAUGGAUUGGUGCAACAAUUGCUGUAGAAAAUAAGACUAAUCCUACAAUUGUGGUUUGCGGCCCACGAUUGAAGUAUAAUAUUAUAAAUAAACGCCAAUCUAAUUGGUUUAUGUAUGGCAUUUGUUAUUUGUCAUUAAUUAACGGUAUUAAGUCUUUUAAGAAAGAAUCUAAAAGUAAAAUUUUAUCAUUUGUGAGACUUAGAGAAGCUAUCGAUACAAAAAGAUAUGUUUAUAAUUUUGGCAUGAGUCAAGUUGGUUUUUCUAUGCAUAUGACAUCCAAUGACUUAAAGUGGGACUUAAUAUUAGGUAAUCCUGGUGUAUUUAACUGGAAAGGUACGCCUUUGUUAGUUACAAUAUCAGUUGAUGGUGAAAUGCAAAAUAUAAUUCCAUCAAUUAAAGAUGAAGAAAGUAUUCAUGCAAAUAAUUAUUUUGGGUAUGCUGUAACAUCUGGUUAUUUUAGAGAAGGAAAAUUGUGGUUUGUUUCUGGUGCUCCAAGGGCUUCACUUAUGUUUGGUGCUGUUGUUAUAUUUACCUUCUCUCAUAACGAUAACGCAAAAUUAGAAAUAAAAAAGAUUUUGAAUGGUGAGCAACAUGGUGAAUAUUUUGGUGCUGCUUUAUCAUCAUGUAAUCUUAAUGGUGAUAAUAGAGAUGAAUUAAUUGUUGGAGCACCACAUUGGUCAAAAAAUAUGGAUGAAGGUCGCAUAUAUGUCUUUACUGUUCUACAUAAUGAAAUUUUUGAAAAACAAUCAUUUGAAGGAAAAAUAUCUGGAAGUAGAUUUGGAUCUACUAUAACUUGUCUUGGUGAUAUUGAUUAUGACGGCUAUGGUGAUAUUGCUGUUGGUGCACCAUACGAAGAAGAAAGUGGUGCAAUAUACAUCUUCAAUGGCAAUAGCAAUGGAUUACCUAAACAUUAUAGCCAAAGGAUAGUUGGCAAACAAUUUGGAAGGAAUAUCCGUGGAUUUGGAAUUUCAAUUUCCGAACCUCGUGAUAUAAAUGGUGAUAAAUAUCCUGAUAUCGCAGUUGGAGCUUAUUUAUCUGAACAAGCGAUUUUAAUAAAAUCAAAACCUGUUAUAAUAAUAACUACAAAAUUGUCUUACAAUGACAAACAAAAAUUAUUGAAAAAUUCUACAUCUUUUCUAAUUGAUGUGUGCACAUAUUAUGAUGGAAUAAAUACUCCUAAAUAUCUUCGAGUUGUUAAAUCUUUGAAAAUCGAUCAAAUAUAUAGAAGAGCUUAUUAUGGUACAGAAAGAAAUAGUGAUAACAUUUAUAAAUUGUCCGAUACUUUAUAUAAAUCUAAAAACCUAUGCAGUCAACUUAAGAUAUAUUUAAAGAAAAAUAUCCAAAAUAUAAUAAAUCCAGUUGAAAUAUCUAUCUCAACUAGUUUAGAAAAAGACUUAAAUUUAAAUGAUAGUGAGACGAAAGCAAACUUUCUCUGUACAACCUGUGUAGCUGUAAAUAAAUUGUUUUCUAAAACUGAAGAUUUAAUAAAAUUACCAUUUGCUGUUGAUUGUGGUGACGACAAUAUUUGUACAUCAGAUGUAAAGAUAUCACUUUCAACAAAUUUAAAUUCUGGUAACAAAUAUGUUGUUGGAUCAACAUUCACUACCAAGCUUAAAAUAGAUGCUCUUAAUUAUGGUGAACCUGCUUAUCAAGCUAAAAUAUAUGUAUAUAUACCAAAAAUAAUAUCAUUAGCCAGUAUGCCACCUUCGUGCAUGGAAAGUUUUUAUACGAAUAAUACUUUAGAAGCAAUAUGUGAUCUUGGAAAUCCACUUAGAAAAAAUAAAACAUUAACAUUAGAUUUGGAUAUGAGUAAAAUUCGGUUUGAUGUUGAUCACGUGGAUCUAUGGACCAAUUUUAACUCACAAAGUGAACAGAAAGAUUCAUCCAAUAAUACACAUGUUUUAACUAUAUAUUUUGAUGUUGAUGUUGACAUAGUGAUUGCAGGCAAAGCACGAGAUAAUUUAUAUUCAUAUUCUACUGACAAUGAGGAUGAAAAAUUAAACAAUAUUCGAUUUCAACAUAUUUAUGAAAUUCAAAAAUUUGGAGAUAGUCCAAUUGAUGAAGUUAUAUUAACAAUUAAUAUCCCAAUAUACUGGAAACAUUUUACUGGAGAUAUACAGAUUAUCAAUAUAAACGAAACAAUUAGUUAUCUGGAUGGUCAACCAUUUUACUGCACACACUUAAAUUCUACACUUUCAACUGCUUUAAUUAAUAUAUCUGAAAUUUACUUUGCAAAUACUUUGUAUACACAAAAAGGAUUUAUGAUGGAUACCAAUUUUUCUAUAAAUUUUCCACCAGAAAACAGGUCAAUCUAUAUCAAUUGUACAAAUGCUAAUGUCAAAUGUACAUAUAUUAAAUGUAAGCUUGGUCCCUUUCUAAGUUCUUCGUCUGUUGCAAAACUUUCACUCAUAUUGGACUUUUACUUAUCUGAUUUUAAAACGAAAAUGAUGGAAGAGAAAGACAUAAUAUUUUUCUUGUCCAGCGGACACGUUAAUAUUUUAGAAUCAAAUCAUGUUAUGAAAAAAAUUAGACAUAAAUCUGAUGAUACUAUUAUUGCUACAAUGUUCUUAGGUUCACCAGUAACUCAACACAUUGCAAUGUGGAUUAUAGCUUUGUCAAUAGUCUUAGGAAUUUUAUUGUUAAUACUGUUAAUUUUAACACUACUUAAAAUUGGAUUCUUUAAUCGAAAUAGGAGAAAAGAACUUGAAGCAUUAAAAUCAGAAACAGAUGAGAGACAUGGGAUUACAUUGGAAACAUGUUCAUCAACAGAAAUUUUUCAGAAAGAAUAAAUUUAUUAAUAUAUAACUUUUAUGUUUUGUAUACAUAUAUAUAUGAUUUUUAUUCUUUGCAUAAUUAAGAAAAGAAAAUAAAUAACAA